UCCCUGAGUCCACGCUAACGGUCACAGAGCCGACAUGGGCCGGGCCCAGCCCGAUAUCUGGCACGAGCUGCAGCGCUUGUGGGUGGCGGUCUCUGCAGCGCACUCUGCCAUGGUCUCCGAGGAGGAAGACGGAGAACUCGAGACAAUUUUGCGAACGUGGACCGUUAGUCUGGCACGCUUCACUCGGAACAUCGUCGCUGCCGUCCCCUACAACCAGCAGCGAGCUUUGUCAGCAGCGGUUCACCCAUGUGCCCCAGAAUCCAUAGACUGAACCAUCGAUUUUUUGGAUAACAGUGACAACGAGCCGGAUAUUCGGGCGCUCCUACGGCAUUACACCUCGUACACGGUUUUACAGGACCCAAAAUGUCCAUGAGCAUCCCUAU